ACCCCAGAGUGGCAGGAAACGCAGGAGGCCAGGGCGUGUGCUCAGAGCACAGCGACCAACCAGGCCCAGCUGCCAUUAGGCUCUGUAGGCACUGCCCCCAGGUGACAGGUGUGCCUGCCUGGGACUGCUCAGGAGCAAAGACCAUCUAGUGCUCUGGUGAGGAGGAGGAGACAGAGGGAGACACAGAAGUCAGUGCUGCUUCCUAGAAAAGAUCCAGGUGAAUCCCAGGAACUGAAGCUUCAGGGUGGUGGACCAGAAGGACAGCUGGGAGCUAAGGGGCUCUGAAGACUGUUGCGGGGAGCCCAACUGAGCUAGGAGAAGCAUGGACCACAGUGAAGGGUUUGCCAGAGACCCAGCUGUGUCUCAGGAGUUACUGAAAGAGAUGCUUUGGGUUUUUCGGGUAGAAGAUGCAUCUCCUUGGAAUUAUGCCAUCCUCGCCCUGGCCUUCCUGGUGUUCGUCAUAAGCAUUGUCCUCCUGAGAAGGAGUAUCCAGGCAAACAGAAAUAGAAAGAUGCUGCCACUGGAAAAGCAACCUCCAGGAGCCCUAUAUUUGGCUGAGGCCCCAAACCAAGACGAUAACGGUGUCAAUGCCCAGAGAGAGACUCUGCUCUCCGAAGCCCCAAACUCGGACCAAGGAGUAAUCGAGUUAAAGGAGAGAGACAUCCCCUCAGUUCUCCUUCCAGACCCAGCAGAAUCUGAGAGCUAGCGAGAGUCCAGAGCAGGACCGGCCCUGGCCGGGCCUUGGGCAGGCUCACUGGCCUGAAACGUCUCCGGUUUUGCAGCCUAAUUUUUUGUUAGCCAGAAAAAGGAAAAGAAUGGCAAUUCAACUGAGAUUGUUAUUUAGGAAAACCACCACACUUUUUAUUAAAAAUGCCUUUGAAGGUGGCAGCUAGAAUCGCA